UGGAGCCCGAUCUACAGGCUGAAAUUGAUGGCAUUCUGGACGGACUUUUCACCCUUCCCCCAGAGGUCCCGGCACUGUGCUCUGCGUCUUACCAGACCGAUCUGAUUGAAUUGCCACAACAGCCCGAAAUCUUAAAGGGAUAUUUUCCUCAAGACAGCAGUCAUUUGCAGCAGAUGGAAGCGACUCCAGGUCCCGUGGCGACCCAGGCUGUGAGGUGCUUGAAGUUUUCCACGUUUCCUUGGCUGCCUCUGACCACAACCGACAGACACGUGCUCUCCUCCAACGAAAGCUCUUUAAGAAGUAGUAACCACACUUUGAUCUGGAACACCUGUGAACUAUUGAAGGACGUUAUCAUGCAAGACUUCCCUGCUGAGAUUUUCCUUCAGAGGCCGAAAAUUGUUCAGAGCCUGCUCUCUCUGCUGAAGCUGGCCUUCGGAGGGGAGGGCACGCCCCACCUGGCCCUGCAGUCGGUGUCCUGCCUGCAGCAGCUGUGCGUGUGCCUACGUGGCAGGCUUCACUUCCACCGGGACCCGGGCUUCUCCUGCAGCAAACAGGACGCGGUUUCCCAGAAUUCUUCUUUGUCUUACUGUCACGAAGUGAGAGUUGCUCAUCAUUCCCAGAAUGCUUCUCCCAGAAGCAGCAGCCCCCGGCCUUCCGUGGUCGGACGCACAGGCCAGCGACCCCGGGGCGACGGCCAGGACUGGGACGCAGCGUCUUCCAGUGGGAGCAGCAGUCAUGCGCACGUGGCCUCCAGGGUCUCCAUCCAUUCGCCUCUGGAUGCGACGCACAUCGACCUGCCGGAGCUGGAGGCCGCGGACACGCUGCAGCUGCAGUUCCAGCAGCUCAGCCUCCCCCAGUUCUGUGUCUGCCUCCUGGAGUCUGCCGUGCCGCUCCUGAGAACAGGUAGUAGACAGAUGAUAAUAAGAGUUCUGGAAUUGCUUGCAGAGGAUUUGAUUCUUAUUGGGGAAGCGAUAUCAGCAGACAUCUGGGAUGACAGCAGCCUUUUUGCUAUAGAUAUGAAAGAGAAGCUGCUCACGGUGCUGGGGUCCCUGGGAGAAACCAUGUGCCACCAUCAAAGCAGCGUGGGUUUGGAACAAGCAGAGGCCGCGCGCGCGCUCCACCGAAUGGCCUUUGUCAGCCUCGCACUGCUGGCCGUGCGGCUGCUGCAGACGCUGCUCCCCGUGGAGAAGGCAAGCCACUUCUUACCAGAGUCUAUGUCAGCAGCACUGUUUCUGGUUUCCCUGGACAUGCCUGUGUCUCUGGAGUACCCGCACAUCCACGAAGCUGCCGUGGCCUACCUGGAGCAGCUGAGCUCUGAGAACUACAGCAUUUAUAAGCGAGCGGCAGAGGCCGUCCGUUCAGUUCAGUGUGCCUGUCACUUCCUGUCUGACGUCGGGAAGGAGGGCGAGAAGAAUCUUUUAGAAUUAGUGGAGCUGGCAGACCAAGCCUUGCAUAGCUUUUCCUAUCAUCAGUACUUCCCCCUAAUAAAGGAGGUCAUCUGCAUUUGUUCAAAGAUCUGGAGGUCAGCGCAGGCCAGCCCGCUGCUGCAGGGCGAGAGUCAGAAGGUGCUGCUGCGCUUGCUGUCCCACCCGCUGCCGCAGGUGAAAGCCGAAGCCUACGGCUGCUGCCUGGAGGUCGUGAAGGAAUGUUUAGGUGUCCAUAAUGUCACGAAACCUGUGUCUUCACUCUGUAGUGGAAUUCAUUUUCUCCUCCACCCGAAAGUCCUGUAUGAAAUCUCGGCGUUUGGCAUCCAAGAGCCCAGAAAUGAGGUGAAUGCUGCUGCCAGGGCCAUCCUGCUGCACCUGCUGCAGGGACGUCUGCUGAUGGCGCCGCCGACCUGGGAGCGGUUCAUGGAGUCCCUGAGCCCUGUCAUCCCAGUGCUGCAGGGCCACGCCGACACAGAGGACCCUCUAGGGAGCUGCGUCCUCCUCCUGAGCAAGGCCAGUGCCCAGGGUGAAGAAGGGGCUCUGCCCUGCACCCCCCGGCUCAAGUCCCUGCUGCGGCUCCUGCUCGUGAAGAAGCCUUCGGUCCGCUCCCUGGCACUGAAGAUGCUAGCCUGCCAUCUCACCAGGGAGGAGGGCGCCGAGAGAAAGCGCCCUGCCAUGGAUGCCCGGGUUCUCGCCAGAGCUGCUAAUUUAUUUAUCGUGAAAAAGCCCAUCGAACUCAGAUUGGAUGACAGGAAAGAGCUGAUCAUCAAGUUGGAGGCUGUUGAAAAGGUGUAUGAGAUCUUUACCUCGGACGACGUCGACCUGGCCCUGAGGAAGUCGGCCGCCGAACAGCUUGCUGUGGUCAUGCAAGAUAUUAAAAUGCAUGCGGUCGUGAAAAAGUUACGCUUAAUUGACAAGAUAGUUGAGUACUUGCAGGCGUGCGUGGGUCUGGACGGCGAGCUGCUGGAGUGCCUGGUGCAGCCGAGCCUCACGCUGCUGCGGAAGGUCCUGUACGCCGACCCCGCCGCCCGCCGGUGCCUGGCGCAGCAGGCUUCCGUCCUGACCCUGCUGCUCAGAGUUUCCUUGAUAUUUCAUGAAGAUUGUACUGUCGUGACUGAAGUCGGAGCAUUGUUUUGUCUCCUGUUAUUUGACGAAGUAUCAAGAAUGGAUGUGUGGUCCGCCGGCGCCCCCAGCCAGCCCGCCUCGCCGGCAGCCUUCAGUUUGCCCGUGUCCGUGUUCAGAAGGUACCACCUUCCAGUACGUGCACUCGGCCACCAUGCCGUGAGUCCUCACUCCACGGUGCUGCCGUUGCCUGUCGAGUGCUUGGCCUUGAAGCCGGUCUCGGAUAUGCUGAGAAUAGCCUGGAACCUGGCCUGGCACCACGGGGCCGACAGCCUGCUGGCGCACUUGCGCUCCGAAGUGACAGUCCAAGAAUUUCCAGACACGUUGACGUUAUCCUCAGAGGACACGCUCGCUGUGAGGGUGACACACACAGCCAGUGGCCUGCGGGACUGUCUCCACGCCAUCGUCCAGGCUGCGGCCCACGGGGACGUGAGGGCUGCUGUCACCAGCAUGAGCUUUUACUUCCUGAACGACAGGUUGUCGUUCAAGGGCGGCCCUGGCCCGUACGGGGCUGCCUUGAAGUCCUUGGCCUGGCACACCGCACUGAACAGGUUCUUGCAGGUGCUUCCCGCCUGCACUGAAGACGAGAGACUGCUGACCGAUAUCCUCCGCUUUCUAAGUAAGCUGCUGAAGGAGCAAGGAAAACAUGCAUCGGUGGAACUUCUAACCUGGCUCCUAGAAUUACUUCUUAGACCUAGUCCAAACCCGCUGUUAGACCUGCUGGUUCUGACAGAGUCGCAGGCACGCGAGGAGGCGGACGACGCCCGGACCGCUGUCAGGCAGCAGCUCCAGAAAGCGCUGAUGGCCCUUCUCAGGGCCGUGCUGCUCGGGUGCGCGGCGGCCACCGACAGGAAGUGCUUGGAACUGUUCUCUGUUUUCCAAACGCGGCUGGCUCUGCAGCUGCUCCAGUGCCUGAGAGUCACCGACGCUCCUCACUUCUACGGCCUCCCGUCCCUGGAGAGGACCCUCCGAGGCAUGGCUCACCUCACAGCGCUGCCGGGGUGGAGCGCACACUCCCCCCACGCCGCGCCGCUCGCCCUCUGCGGGAAGUACUUGUCGGGGCUCCUGGAAGUCAUCACUUCUUUUUAUGUGGAACGUGGGGGAAAUGCCAUGUCUUUCAUGGGAAAAGGUGUCACCAAGAGCACGAUCCUUUGCUUGCUUCACCUGUCUCACGAGAUGAUGGCCCAGGCCCAGAGCUCGGAGUGGCUGUCACUGUGGUUCCUACCGCUGGGCGGCCACAGGGAGGAGCAGUGUCCUGUGCAGCAGGGACUGGCCUGGCUGAUCCCCCUGUGGGUUGACCGAGACCCAGAGGUGAGGUUCACUGCGCUGGGACUAGGAUCAGCACUGACCACCCUGGAAUCGGGCUGCGUGGCCCUGGCCAGCAGCUGUCAGAACAUUUCUGGCGGGCUCUGGGGGACCGUGGUGAACAUCCUCCUGGACCAGUGGGAAUGCAGCAUGGUGCGCAGGGAGGCUGCGUUCAUUCUUCAGAAUCUCCUUGUAAUUCCGAUGCCGUCGGUGAUUAUGAAGGAUUACACUUGGCAGGGCCCCUGUGUCCAUGAUGAGGACUCUGGCCUGUCACUCACAGGAAAGCCCGCCCUGCAGGCUCUGCUGCACCACUGCCGUUUCUACCAACAUGCCCACCAGAUGGCGAGACAUUGUCACCUGGGGAGGUACACGUGUGAUUUCAGUUGUUCUGCCCCUGAUGGUAUUUCAGAAGGCAGCGAUUUAAAUGGGCUGGAUGACUCACUGAAGCUUUGGAAGGCCCCGUCUGGAAUGUCCAAUCAGGAUCGAGACCCCAGCUCUCUCUCCACCUCGGAAACGAUGGUGACGCCUUCGUCUGGGAGCACGGGACUGUCGCCGCCGGCGCCCUCCGCUGCGUCUCUCCCCGAAGCCUCGCACGACCUGUUCGUGGCCCCAGGUCAGCCUGCAGGAGCAUCCCCACGGCGUCCUCGUGACUCGUCCCUUUCUGCUCCUCUGCCCCGCCCCUGCGCCCUGGUCACCCCGCCCCUGCUCUCCGCGAUGUGCAGCCUCCUGGACAGCCUCCUGGUGACCGUGCCACAGGACACAGCAACCGCCCUCCGGCAGGCUCGGCUCAUCCAGCUGCUCUGUGGUGUUGCGGAUGCUGCCCCCCUCGAGACGUGUGUCCAGGAGCUCGGGGCCCUGCUGCCUGCGCCGUCCCCUGUGGAGCACACUCGGGCACAGGUGUCCUUUCUCCUCGAGUUCCUGGCCUCUCUGUCCAGGCUCCUGCAGUCGUGUCUGCUGGUCGAUCCUGACCUUGUGACUCAGGACGAGCUUCUGAAACCCCUGAUCACAAACGUCAUCAGAGUUCUCACCGUAUGCACGGACGAUCUGUGUGAUGCAGAGCUAACAUCGGCGUUUCACCAGACGUGGACACAUCUACUCGGCCUCCUGGCCACACUCCUGAGGAAGGCGGGGGCUGCCUCGCUGCCGGCCAUCAGUGCGGGUCUGGCCGAGCGCUGGGCCGGGGCGGUCGAUAUGUUCUGCAGGUGUGUGGGUUUGUCUGCCACCUGCCCCGCCCUCUGCACUGCCAGCCUGCAGUUCCUCUCUGUCCUCUUGACCGAAGAGGCAAAGCGGCGGCUUCGGGAUAAGGGGAACACGGAGCCCGGGCCCAGGCCCACCGUGGCUUCGCUUCUCGGGAACAGUCGGGGCAACCAGGAGUCUCUGGAGCAACUUAAUGAAGUCAUCAUUCAGUGCUACGAGGGGACGCACCCCCGGGACAGCCUGAGGGCAGCGGCUGCGGACGCGCUGCUGUCCCUGCUGGCGGCCAGCCGGGCCGCGCGGGCGCUCGCUCUGGAAGCCCACCUGGUCGACAGCUGCAUGGAGCAGGUGAAGAACGUGGUCGCCCGGCUGAGCCUGGACUCGCUGCGGCCGGGGCGGGCGGCGCUCCGGAGGAAGGAGGAUGGUUUUGUUAAAGAGCUAAGCACAGCCAUGCAGCUGCUGCGAAACUGCCUCUAUCAAAAUGAAGAAGGUAAAGAGGCAGCCCUGGAGGCCCACCUCGCCCCCGUCCUGCACUCUCUCUGGCCCUGGCUGUUGGUGGAUGACUCACUGAUGCAGACCGCCCUGCAGCUCCUUUGUGUCUACACCGCGAACUUCCCCGCCGGUUGCAGUUCUCUUUGCUGGUCGAGUUCUGGACAGUACCCCGUGCCAGUGGCGAGCAGAGGAGCCCCGGGCAGCUCCCUGAUGCUGUGUGUCCUGAAGCUGGCUUCCCAGGUGCCUCUGGAGAGCCCCGCAGUCCAGCAGAUGGUCUUCCUGUUGCUCUCCAACCUGGCCUUGGCGCAUGACUGCAGGGCCGUCAUUCAGAGAACCAACUUCCUGCAGAACUUUCUGUCUGUCUCGCUGCCGAAAGGGGGCAGCGGCCGCCUCAGCAGCCUGACCGUCCUGUGGCUGAAGCUGCUGCUGAACGUGUCCUUCGGAGAAGAUGGGCAGCAGAUGCUGCUGAGGCUCGAGGGCGGCUUGGACCUGCUGACCGAGAUGAGCAAGUUCAGGCAUAAGCGCGGCCCUUGUCUGCCCCUCCUCAUCCUCCACAACAUUUGUUUCAGUCCCGCCAACAAGCCCAAGGUCCUGGCCAACGAAAAAGUCGUGAACACGCUCGCCGCCUGCCUGGAAAGCGAGAGUCCGAGCGCUCGGCGGAUCGGAGCCGCCGCGCUCUGGGCCCUGACCCACAGCUGCCAGAAGGCAAAAACGACUUUGAAAAAUCCAUCAAUAAAAAGAAGAGUGGAUGAAGCAUAUUCCUUAGCAAAGAAAACUCGUUCAGACCCGGAGGCAAACCCUCUGAAUGCCUACUACUUGACAUGCCUUGAGAACCUGGUGCAGCAGCUGACCUGCUCCUGAGGACGAGGGCUCUGCCCGGCCCCCGUGGCCCCUGGCAGGUGGGCAGCGGGGAAGCAGCCCUGUGCACAGUGUGCCCGAGGACGGGGACCCUCGCGAGGGAGCUGCCUUCCUUCCUGACGGACACUGAGCUCUGAGGUCCAGCGCUAGGUAA